UCCACGCUCUCUUAUUACCACACACGCACGGCUUGAUAUCUAGCCCUAGAUUUCAGAAAGGUUUUAGGUAGCUUAAACUGAAACACAUGGUGAUGGCGAUCUCGGCGUGUCAUCAGGCCUUGCUGCUCAUGGCGUUGGCCGCGGCUGCACUCAUGAGCACGGCGUCCGGGACACUGCAGUACGACUUCUACAGGCCGACGUGCCCCAAAGCCGAGGAGGCGGUCCGCAACGCCACCAUGAAGGUCAUCGCCGGCAACCCCACCAUGGGCGCCGCCAUCGUGCGCCUCUUCUUCCAUGACUGCUUUGCCAGGGGCUGCGACGCUUCCAUUCUACUUGACCAAUCGAACAGCAACCCGCAGCCGGAGAAGCUGGCCAUCCCGCUGCGCGGCUACGACGCCGUGAACACGAUCAAGGCGGCCGUGGAGGCCGUCUGCCCCGGCGUGGUCUCGUGCGCCGACGUCCUCGCCUUCGCGGCGCGCGACUCCACCAUGGUCUCCGGCGGCUUCGCGUUCGCCAUGCCCGGCGGCCGCCGCGACGGGCUCGCCUCCGACCUGAGCGACAUCUUCGGGAGCAUCCCCGGCCCGUCCAUGCAGGUCCAGCAGCUCAUCGGCAGCUUCGCCGCCAAGGGCCUGAGCGCCGACGACCUGGUGGCGCUCUCCGGCGCGCACUCCUUUGGCCAGACGCACUGCUCCUUCGUCACGCCCCGGCUGUACCCCGCCGCGGACCCGACCCUGAACGGCACCCUCGCCGCCGCGCUGGUGCAGGCGUGCCCGCGGGGCGGCCCGGGCAGCACGGCGGUGAACAACAACGCCGUCACGGACCCGAACGUGCUGAGCAACCAGUACUACAAGAACCUGGCCACCGGGGAGGUGAUGUUCACGUCGGACCAGACGCUGACGAGCAGCGCCGCCACGGCCAAGAUGGUGCAGGACAACGCCGCCAACCCGGUCGCCUGGAUGGCGCGGUUCGCCGGGGCGAUGGUGAAGAUGGGCGGCAUCGAGGUGCUCACCGGGACCCAGGGCGAGAUCAGGAACUUCUGCGGCGCCACCAACAGCGGCAGCUAAGCCGGCGAAGCUAGAUAUGCAGCUGCUGCUGCUUUCAGUGCCUUUCUCAAAAAAAGAAACCGGCUGUUUGUUCUGUUACUGGCCAAAAAAAAGGACAGAACGGGGCCUCCUAUUCUUUGGGCCGAUGUUUCCCAAGCCCAUGUGCUAGCCCAAACCAACUCAGCCGAGUAUAACGGGCCUCUUUUAUGGAGUUUUAUAUAUUUUAUUUUUUGAUUUGUUUUUCAAAUAUAAUUGCCUCAACAAAGAUUCUGCAGAAAUUAUUCC